UCUUCUUCCCAAAUUAUUAGCCUUCAUCCCUCAUUUUUCAGUUCAAGCUCUCUGCCACUCUCCCAUGGUUCGAGUUUCACUCUCCCAAGGAUGCCCUCGCUUCCGGAACUCCAAAACUCCCUUCCAAGGUGGUUUGGGAUAUUCCGGUGGUGGAAGCAAGGAGAUCACCCUAACAACCAUUUGGAAGAUGGCGGCGGCGGAGGAGGAGGAGGAGGAGGAGGAGGAGGAGGAGGAGGAGAGGAGGAGAGUCCCAUGUCGGAGAGCUCUCCGGUGGAGUGUUACGCUUGCACACAAGUGGGAGUUCCAGCCUUCCACUCCACCAGUGUUGACCGAGUCCACCCGCCCGAGUGGGAAGCAAGUGCCGGUUCCUCACUAAUCCCAAUACAGUACAAGAACCGUCACGACUGGGCCGGUAACGGAGGAGAGUCGAAAUUGAACCGGAGGAGGUCGUUGAAGGGUCCGUUGGGGCGAGUGAUGGACCCUCGAAGCAAGCGAGUGCAGACGUGGAACAGAGCCUUCCUGUUGGCGCGUGGGAUGGCGUUAGCCAUAGACCCGUUAUUCUUCUACGCGCUAUCGAUAGGGAGAAACGGAGCUCCUUGUCUUUACAUGGACGGUGGGCUGGCUGCUAUCGUGACGGUGCUCCGGACUAUGGUGGAUGCGGUGCACCUUUGCCACCUCUGCCUACAGUUUCGCCUUGCUUACGUGUCCAGGGAAUCUCUCGUGGUUGGUUGCGGGAAGCUCGUGUGGGACGCAAGUGCCAUCGCCUCUCACUACCUUCGCUCCUUCAAGGGCUUCUGGUUCGAUAUCUUCGUCAUUCUUCCCGUCCCCCAGGUGGUUUUCUGGUUGGUAGUACCCAAAUUGAUAAGGGAAGAGAAGAUAAAACUGAUAAUGACAAUCCUUCUAUUAAUGUUCUUAUUCCAAUUCCUCCCAAAGGUCUAUCACAGCAUCUCCAUCAUGAGGAGAAUGCAGAAGGUUACUGGUUACAUCUUUGGCACCAUUUGGUGGGGCUUUGCCCUUAAUCUCAUUGCCUAUUUCAUUGCUUCCCAUGUGGCCGGGGGCUGCUGGUAUGUCCUUGCGAUACAUAGAGUGGCUUCAUGCCUUGGACAACAAUGUGAUCGAGGGAAGAAGUGCAAGCUAUCCUUGUCUUGUGCCGAGGAAAUCUGCUACCGGUUACCACUGAAUAUAUUCGCGACCCCAUGUAGUAAUAAUUCAACGGCGGCGCCACCGAUCGGAAUCCCAAAUGUACCAGUGUGUCUAAAUGGCAAUGGACCAUUCCGUUAUGGAAUCUAUAAAUGGGCACUUCCAAUUGUUUCUAGCAAUUCUAUUGUGGUUAAGAUCCUUUACCCAAUAUUUUGGGGCUUGAUGACUCUCAGCACAUUUGGUAAUGAUCUUGAACCUACAAGUCAUUGGCUAGAAGUGAUAUUCUGUAUAAUUGUCGUGCUAAGUGGUUUAAUGCUUUUCACUCUAUUGAUUGGGAAUAUUCAGGUGUUUCUGCAUGCGGUCAUGGCGAGGAAGAGGACGAUGCAAUUAAGGUGUCGAGAUUUGGAAUGGUGGAUGAGGCGUCGACAAUUACCUUCUCGUCUGAGACAAAGAGUACGCCAUUUUGAACGACAGAGAUGGGCUGCUAUGGGUGGAGAAGACGAGAUGGACUUGAUUAAAGACUUGCCUGAAGGACUCCGACGGGAUAUUAAGCGGUACCUUUGCUUGGAUCUCAUCAAGAAGGUUCCUUUGUUCCACAACUUGGAUGAUCUGAUCUUAGAUAACAUUUGUGAUAGGGUUAAGCCCCUAGUCUUCUCUAAAGAUGAAAAGAUAAUUAGAGAAGGAGACCCAGUGCCAAGAAUGGUUUUUGUGGUGAAUGGUCAGUUGCGAAGUAGCCAAAAACUAAGCAAAGGCAUGGUAGCAACAUGUAUGUUAGGCCCUGGGAGCUUCCUAGGGGAUGAACUUCUUUCAUGGUGCCUUCGCCGGCCAUUCAUCGAUCGUCUCCCUGCUUCAUCCGCGACAUUUGUGUGUGUCGAAGCAACUGAAGCAUUUGGUCUAGAAGCACAUAAUCUUCGGUAUAUCACCGAGCAUUUUCGAUACAGAUUUGCUAAUGAAAGGCUUAAGAGGACAGCUAGGUACUACUCCACCAAUUGGAGAACAUGGGCAGCCGUGAAUGUACAAUUUGCUUGGCGCCGGUACUUGAAAAGAACAAGGGGUCCUAUGAUUCAGGCAAUGGAAAAUGGCAAUGGCAAUGACAAUAGCAAUAGUGAUCGUCUCCUUAUGCGCUAUGCGGCAUUGUUCAUGUCUCUUAGACCGCAUGAUCACCUCGAAUAAGAAGAGCUUGGUGUUCGCUUGGAUUUAGUAUCUAUCCAAACCCAAAAAUCGUCUAGUAGCUCCUUAGUAGGUUUUUAUUAUAAGGGUUAUAUCAAAUAUAUAUACAGGAUCACAGGAGGGGAUGUCACACGGUUUGAAUUGAAAAACAUAUCAAGAGUUUGAGAAGAGGCGUAAUAAGGGCAGUAUGGCCAUCAUUUAUCCUUGUUAUUAUCAUAAAAGAAAUAAUCCAUCAUUAUUUAUAUAAUUAAUUCAGUUUUUAUCA